GGACGCAAAAUGGCGGCCAGCGUGGGAGAGGGGCCUGGAGCUGGGGGCGCCGCGGCGGCGUCUCCGUCUCCUGGCGGGCUGGUGCUGGUGGAACGGGCUUGUCGUGAGGAGUUCCAGGUGGCGCCCGCCGCCCGCAAAGCACGGCCCUCGGACCUGGUGGCUCUGGCCCGCCAGGUGGACACGGCAGAUGAUUUUGUCCGGGCAAAUGCCUGCAACAGGCUGACAGUUAUAGCGGAACAAAUCCGAUACUUGCAAGAACAAGCCAAGAAGGUCUUGGAGGAUGCUAACAGAGAUGCUGAUUUGCACCAUGUGGCCUGCAACUUUGUGAAGAAGCCGGGCAAUGUCUACUACCUGUACAGGCGGGGAAAUGGCCAGCGCUAUUUCUCCAUGCUUUCGCCAAAGGAGUGGGGGGGCAGCUGCCCAAGCGAGUUCCUUGGUGCCUACAAGCUGCAGCAUGACAUGUCCUGGACACCUUCAGACAGCGUCGAGAAACGGGAUGCCGAGCUGAACGUCCUCGAGAAGUUGCUGAACCAGCAGUCUGCGCUGCCGCCAUGCACGGAGCCCAACUUCCGGGGCCUUACCAUGUGAUGUAGCUGAACAGUUGACCUGAUGGUGGCAGUCUGCGGAAGGCGAUGACGUUUCCGUCGCCUGCUUGCAGGCCUGCCCCCCUAUGGGCCCAAUUAGAGACAUGAUGGGACUGAAACGGGGGCUCCUUUGACCCCUGGUUAUCUCAUACAACUGUCUUGAAGCUCUGGGCCGAUUUUUCAUUGGUGUUGGGACUCAGAUAAACACACACUUUUAAUCA